AUGCGGAAGAUUCUGGCGAACAUAUUUACGUUCGAACUGCUGUGGUGCGUCCUGGGUCCAGGCAUAGGAAUUGGAGUGUACUUUCUCACGUACUGGAACUGGAAUAGUCUUCCCAGUGGCGUUAAUCUGGCCGAUGGAGACCAAUCGUAUGAUGAACGCUUCGUUGCGGAACGAGCGCUGUCUGAUCUGGACUCGCUAACUAGCCGUGGACCACGUGUUGCUGGAAGUGUCACCAACGAACGAUUUGCGGUUGAUUUCCUGUACGGUGCUGUUGAAGGUAUCGCUCGCGAAGCGCUUCCUGAGUAUGAAAUAUCCUACGACGUACAGCGAGUUGAUGGCAGCUACUUCCUAGACUACGAUGAUUAUCCUAUUACCAGUUACUACCGCAACGUGCAGAAUAUUGUCGUUUCCGUUGUGCGUCGCAGCUCGUUCAGCGGCAAGUAUUUGCUACUGAAUGCGCACUUUGAUAGUGCCGUGACGAGCCCGGGAGCUGGUGACGAUGGUACGAUGGUUGUUGUGAUGCUGGAACUGCUGCGCCAGUUGACACAGAACGCCAAUCCGUCCAUACAGAAUGGCCUACUGUUCCUGUUUAAUGGAUGCGAGGAGAAUACUAUGCAAGGUGCGCAUGGUUUCGUUCGCGGACACCCGCUAGCGCAAUCGGUUGCAGCGUUCAUCAACCUGGAUGUGGCUGCCAACAGUGGCCGGGAGAUCAUGUUCCAAUCAGGACCCAACUAUCCUUUCCUCAUGGCCUACUAUCGCGAUUACGUUCGACGUCCGUAUGCAAACACGCUGGGCGAAGAAGUCUUCCAGAUGGGGCUAGUUCCGUCCUUCACCGAUUACGAAACCCUUUCGAAGCAAGGUGGUUGGCCUGGACUAGAUUUUGCCUUGUCCUCGUACGGAUAUCUCUACCACACAGCGCUGGACGCUCGGGAAACCAUAUCCACCGGAACUUUGCAACACAUUGGAGACAAUCUGCUAGGGCUUGUGCGUGCCCUCGGCAAUGCUGACGAACUCCGCAACAUACGGGAGCAUCGCGAAGGAACGGCCGUAUUUUUCGACUUUAUGCAUCUAUUCUUAGUGUACUACACCGAAACGACCGGACUGAUUAUCAACAACCUGCUGGGGGUAUUCUCGCUAGCGCUCAUUGUUGGUACGCUUUUCAUGUUCGUGCGCAAGGAUGGUGCAGUCGGAACUAAUGUGCUCUUCGAGGCCGGUAUGGCACUUAUCGUGCAGACACUGUCCAUCGUACUAGGAGCUGGAUGUUCGGUGUUGAUAGCCGUAAUAUUCGAUGCAUGCGGUCGAUCGAUGAGCUGGUUCUCGUCCACCUGGUUGCUGUUCGGGUUGUACUUUGUACCGUGCAUCACUGGCCUCAUCCUUGGGCCAUUCCUGUACGUUCAUUUUCGGAAAAUUCCUUUCCUGCACGAUCAAGGCCGCGUUAUCCUAUUUCUUCAUGCGCAACACUGCAUCUAUGCUGUUCUGCUGAUAACGCUCUCGAUCGGUGGUAUUCGGUCUGCAUUUGUGUUGCUCUUUCCUGUCAUCUUUUACUGCGCAACGACAAUCAUCAAUAUGAUCUUACGGUUUCGGUUAAAUGUCUGGAUCUAUGUGCAUCUCGUCGGCCAGCUGAUACCGAUAAUUUAUUUCUGCACUCUGACAGUUACAUUGUUCGCCGUGUUCAUUCCGAUGACCGGUCGUAGUGAUAAUCGCUCUAAUCCAGACCUUCAAAUGGGUCUGUUUUCUGCGCUUCUGACACUGCUGUUAGUAGGUUUGCUAACACCUUUCAUAGUGCUUUUUCGACGGAAGCUGUACGUGUUCGGCACUCUGUUGUUGUUUUUCCUGGUUACGGCUAUUGUUGCGGCAACUCCAGAGGGAUUCCCGUUCAGGGAGAACACUUCACCUCAGAGAUAUUAUAUAUUUCAUCAACAGCGAAAUUUCUAUUGGUCAAACGGUACACUGCGUGACUCGGGUGCGAUCUACUACAUUCAACCACAAGAUCGUCAUACGCCGGACCUGCUGCAGUCGGAAGUUCCAGAAUGGUCUAAGGCCACAGUGCUUGGCGAUGAGUGUGAACGUGAGCUUUACUGCGGUAUUCCAUUUUACAUCAACCGUUACCAUCGACAAUCCGAGAAAAGCUAUUGGCUACCGGCAUUGGAGCCACCAGUCUUUCCCGAACCGGUUGUGUUUCAAUUCCUGUCCCGAGAAUCACCAACUGCGGAAAGACAUCGAUUGUACUUCAGCGUGCGGGGCCCAAGUCACAUGAGCCUGUACGUAUCUCCGCUGUCCGGACGAAAGCUAGUGGGAUGGAGUUUCAGCGACCAAAUUCCUCCAAGCGGGAAGCGUUGGAAAAACCAGGACGUGUACUUCGUGAACAUUUUCUUAGGUUCGUUAGAUUUAUCUCCCGUUACUUUCUACAUCGAGAUUGAACAGCAACCAACCUACCAAGAAACAGAUGGUUCCCUGUUUUAUCUCUCAGUUGUCGCUCAGUAUAUGCAUCACGAUAAUGUGUACCGUGCACAUGAAUUUCAAACUUUGCUGGAUAAAAUGCCCAAAUAUGCACACACCGUCGCCUACCAAGGAUAUCUGAUAUUUAUUUCGAAUGAUCAGCAGGUUGUCGGACGAAAUAGCCCCACGGAACAGAUCCGGUGUAAUGAUCUACAGGACCCCGGUAUACUCUCAUUUCUACGCGUCCAGGGAUGUGUUUGUGUGAAAUCCGUUGGGAGUAUUCGUGCUGUUCGUAGGAUGUUAUCCAUCUAA